AUGAGCACAACCUCCGAGAGUUCUCUUGCUCAUGAUGAUCAUCUCAACGAGCAGACCAAUUCGGACGAUCAAAUAAUCACAAAUUCCAACUCAAACACUCAACAAGCAAAGAGUGAAAUAUCUAGUCCUUCUUCAUCAACAAGCGAUCGGGUCAACAAAAACGAAAGGGCUUCCGAAGCAAAAAAUCAAGGAAUGAUUGUACCUUGUGAAUUUGUAGUAUAUGCCACACUGUUUUUUGGAUUGGAUUUCAGUCGAGUCAUUGUUGGUGGUGGAGGAGGACAUGGAAUUCCAAACAAAAUUAUGGUAAUGAAAUUCAACUACGAAGAGAAUAGUGAUAAGGCAUUAACAGUAGAGUGUGACCAUUGCACUGAAGGUGAAGUUGUGUGGAAUUUAAAAUUUGAGAUGGUGAACAAUACUCCAUUCGUUGUGUUUACCUCUCUAGAUAAAUUACAUUUACUGAAAUACGAUUUUAAAGAAAAGAAUUUCACAGCAUUGGACUCGAAACCAUUAUUUAGCAGCAGUGAGGAGUUAGGAAAGAAAAUUUGUGAUAUUAACUCUAAUGGUUUUGUUGUAGCUAAUGAUGACAACAAUACUCUACAUGUAUUUCACAUCGAGAACGAUCAGUUAGAAUGUAUCUUUGAAAUGAAAAAUGUGACUAAAAAGAAUAUGAGUGAUUUAACAUUAGCCAACGAUGAAAACAACACUCUUGGAAUUGUUUCAGAGGAUAAAGCUAUAAGAAUUCUAAGAAUGAACAAGGACAGGCAUUAUGAAGAGGUUUUCUCAAGUAACAUUCCCAAUAUUACACAAUAUCCCAAGCAGGACGUGAAACAUUGCUUGUUUCCAAAGAAUAAUAACCCAAAUGAGCUACUUUUCUACACAUUGCAUACCUCUAGAUCAAGUCCAACCUUUGUGUCGAAUUUUAAAAUUGAGAAUGGAAUUGUCACACUAAAAUCAACAAGAGAGUUCAUGAAAAGACCUGCAACUGCUUUUUCUGUACUGAUUGGAGAUGAUGGCAAGGAAUACAUUUCAUUUGGAGUGGAUGGAGGAAUUCAAUUGUACAAGGAAGGAAAGCAUAUUGGAAAAAAGCUGAAUAUUCACAGUGAAGCCAUUACUUGCAUUGACAUUUGCAAAGAUCCUUAUCAAAAACAAAAGGACACAAGCCUCAAAAAGAAAAAACAACAUGUUCACGUGUGUAGUGGAUCCAUUGACCGCUCAAUUUCUGUGCAACAUCUGAAUGCCAACAAAAAGAUUUCAACCUCCAUUUUGACGUACCUUCUCUACAUUUUGGCUCUUGUUGUGCUGAUUCUGGCAGUUAUUUACAUUAAACUCAAAUGA